AUGGAUUUGGUUUCUGAAUCAACAAACCGAAGCUACGAGGUGGCAGCAUCCCCAAUAGGCACGAACACGAAUAAUAAUCAUACUAUAGGAAACAGUAGUGGAAGCACGCCGAGCAGGUACGAGAACCAAAAGCGACGAGACUGGAACACCUUCUGCCAGUACCUUAGGAACCACCGGCCACCGAUGUCGGUGGCGUUAUGCAGCGGAGCGCACGUGCUGGAAUUUCUUCACUACCUUGACCAAUUCGGGAAGACGAAAGUGCAUAACCCCACGUGUCCCUUUUUCGGGCUACCCAACCCUCCUGCCCCUUGCCCCUGCCCGCUCCGGCAAGCUUGGGGCAGCCUCGACGCCCUCAUUGGACGCCUUCGUGCCGCUUAUGAUGAGAACGGUGGAAGACCGGAAACGAAUCCAUUCGGUACCCGUGCUGUUAGGAUUUACUUGCGUGAUGUUCGUGACUUUCAGGCUAAGGCCAGAGGAGUUAGCUAUGAGAAGAAGAGGAAGAGGCCCAAGCCCAACAUCGCCAAUGCUACUGUUCCCAAUAGUUUUACUGCUACUCCUACUUGA